AUUAAAGCAGAAGAAAAUCAGAUAGAUAUUAAUGUUUUUAAAGAAUUGGGUUACCAUUAUAAUUAUAUUCACUCAGCUCAAAAAAAAGGAUAUUCUGGAGUAGCCAUUUUUUCAAAAUUCGAGCCAAAAAAUAUAGAAAUAGGAGCUCAAAUAGAAUAUAUGGAUAACGAAGGUAGAGUUAUAAGAAUAGAUUUUGAAGAUUUUUCAGUUAUAAGCCUUUAUGCACCUUCGGCUUCAAAUAUUGAUAGAUUAGAUUUUAAAUUAACCUUUUAUGAAGAUUUUUUAGUUUAUAUUAAAGAAUUAAAAAAAAUCAUUCCUAAUCUAAUAAUUUGCGGAGAUUAUAAUGUAUGUCAUGAAGCCAUAGAUAUUCAUGACCCUAUUAGAAAUAAAAACACUUCUGGUUUUUUACCACAAGAAAGAGAAUGGUUUUCAAGAUUUUUAACGGAAUGUGAAUUAAUAGAUUCUUUCCGAUUUUUUAAUUCAGAACCUCAUAAUUAUUCAUGGUGGAGUUACAGAGCAGGGGCAAGAAAAAAUAAUAAAGGUUGGAGAAUUGAUUAUAGUUUAGAUAAAAGAAUAGCAACUUCCUACCCAACUAUUUUGACAGAUUUUCUUACAAGAAAUAAUAUUACUGCUUCAAUUGAAGAAAUAACAGGAAGUGUAGAAAUAGCAACAGGAAUUGGGCUGGCUGACUGCAUAUUUGAUAUUGUUAGUUCAGGUAGUACUUUGAUAACCAAUGGCUUAAAAGAAGUAGAGGUGGUAUUGAAAAGUCAAGCUGUAUUAAUAUCAAAUCCAAAUCUGAACGAAACAAAACAAUCAAUUAUCGAUAAAUUAUUAUUCAGAAUAAAUGCUGUAAGAAAUGCAAAGGAGUUUAAAUAUAUUGUUUUAAAUACUCCAAAUAGUAAAAUAGAAGAAAUAAAACAAAUAUUACCAGGUAUGAAAAGUCCCUCAAUAUUUCCAUUAGCAAAUGAGGGCUGGAGCAGUUUACAUUCCGUAAUUCAAGAAGAUAAAUUUUGGGAAAUAAUCGACAAACUAAAAGAAAUAGGUGCUGAAGGAAUA